AUGUCUCCUCCAAGCCCAUCAGCGACCUCGACGCGGACGAGUUCCCCCACGGCUUCUGCAGACCCCGGUGGAAGUCAUCCCCCGACGCAGACAUCCGAUCAAGCCCUCUUCCAGCGGCAACAGCCUUGUGAUGACAAUAAAACUCUGUUUGUGGCAUUGCAUCGUCAGCUCCAGUCACUGGAAGAGGCCUUCGGCAAGAUCAAGGAACUUGAUAGCCAACUAUCGACCACUGGCCUUCUCCUGAGCCUGCAUUGGACAAACGAAAACACCGGAGUCCUCUCAGAUAUGGAAGCACAAGUUAGAGAAAAGGUCGAACAUGAGUUUCGCCUUUUACGCCAUUUGGAGGCCCGCUACAGAAAUCUGGCGCCGAGUUUUCAUCAGUUCAACCAGCUACCCUUCGAGCUGCGCGGGCCAUCUGGAAGUUCAGCAUUCCGCAAAGAGAAGCUUGCACGCACGGCCGUCGUCUGCCUGCUCUUGCGAGCGUCUGCCAGGAGUCCAGAGCAGUGGCUCUCCGCGGCGGAGGCUACUGUGAUUUCCCAAUAG